AUUCUCAUCGGUCUUCUCUGCCGUGGACCCAUUACAAAGAAGCGGCGUCGUUUUGUCCUACACAACCGCGCACGAUUCGAACGGAACAUACUUUCCGACUCUUUCUCCCCAAUUUUGCUUCGAUUUUCUCGAGAAAAUCUAGCUCAGUCUCCGCGAGUCUCUGAUAUAUAUAAUAGCUCACGCUCAUGGAUCGGAGAAGAACCGCGAGUCCGGUGUACACGCGGCAGUGGAGCGGCGGUUCCAGCAGCACCGGCUCCUCGUCGCCGGCGAUGUCACCGGCUCAUCCUCAGUCUCGGCUCGGUCCUUCUUCCACCGGCCUCUCCACCGUCAAGCGUACCCAAAACGUAGCCGCCAAAGCUGCCGCGCAGCGUCUGGCUCGCGUCAUGGCGUCUCAGACCACCGCCGAUGACGACGGCGAUGAAGACGACGAUCUCGGUUUCCGGUACAGCGCUCCGCCUCCAACGGCUCUUUCUUCUUUCUCCACCAACGCCAACAGUAACAAGAGUGCUAGCGCUAAUGCCACCGCCACCAUCCCUCCGAUUUCGGUCGCGAGGCCAAACAGAUCUCCUUCUCCUUCGUUAGGUCGGAACUUUGUAGAGCAUACACAUUCGGUGCGCUCAACAUCAGCUGGAAGAUCAGCUGUUUCAGUUCGCUCAACGCCAGUGGUACCACCGAGCAAAACCACACUGCGAACGCCUAUGGCUGUACCUCCUAUUGACCCUCCUACCAAUCGGAAUAGAGAGAAAAGGUUUGCAUCAGAUAUUGCUAUCAGACCACUUAACUCAAAAGACACAGGAGAUCAGCGCGAAGCUUCUGCACUCCGUGAUGAACUUGAUAUGCUACAAGAAGAAAAUGAGACUUUACUUGAAAAGCUAAGACAAGCAGAAGAAAAACGCCAAGAAGUGGAGGCCAGAGCUAGGGAACUUGAGAAACAGGUUGCUUCCCUUGGAGAAGGUGUAUCACUGGAAGCUAAACUGCUGAGCAGGAAGGAAGCUGCUUUGCGUCAAAGAGAGGCUGCUCUCAAGGCUGCCCAACAAACCCAGAGUGGGAGAGAUGAGGAUAUUGCAGCCCUUCGUGUGGAAAUUCAGAACCUAAAAGAUGAUGCUGUGGCUGCUUUGGAACAACAGCAAGAAGCUGAAGCUGAAGCAAAGGCUCUUCGCACGAUGACACAGAGAAUGAUUUUGACCCAAGAAGAAAUGGAAGAAGUUGUUCUGAAGAGAUGUUGGCUAGCCCGCUACUGGGGUCUCGCUGUAAAACAUGGCAUAUGUGCAGAUAUAACACAAUCCAAGCAUGAACAUUGGUCUUCACUAGCUCCUCUUCCUUUUGAACUUGUUGUCUCUGCUGGACAAAAGGCUAAGGAGGAAUCUUGGAACAAAAGUGCUGAUGGUCCAGAUAGAAGCAAACUUGUUCGUGAUCUGAAUGAUCUAGCUGGGGAAGGAAAUAUCGAGAGUAUGCUUUCAGUUGAGAUGGGUUUGAGGGAACUUGCUUCCUUAAAGGUUGAAGAUGCUGUUGUUCUCGCAUUAGCCCAACACAGACGGCCAAAUUUGGUUCGGCAGUCUGUUUUAGACUCCAAAUCACAUGGUGAUGCCAAAUAUUUGGAAGCAUUUGAAUUAAGUGAAGAGGAAGCAGAAGAUGUUCUUUUCAAAGAGGCAUGGUUAACUUAUUUCUGGAGAAGAGCUUUAUUUCAUGGUGUGGAAGAAGAUAUUGCAGAAGAGCGGCUUCAGUUUUGGAUUGCCCGUAGUGGGCAGUCACCAACUUCCCAUGAUGCUGUCGAUGUGGAGCGAGGUUUGUUGGAGUUGAGGAAGCUGAGUAUAGAACAGCAACUUUGGGAAGCAUCUCGGAAGGGAAUUGAUCAGGCUCAGGUGUCAGAUGCGAAUCAUAAACCUGCCACUGACUCUGAUGCCUCAUCCAUGAAGCGCAAGAUUCUCCCUAUUCCUGCACUGGAAUUCAAUUAGGCGUAAUGUCACGGUGGUGUCUCGGAUCGAACACUAUAGCGACUAGCCAGAGUUGGAGAACUGCACAUCUUCGGAGGCGAAUCAGGCUGGUACUGAAUUGCACAGUAUAUCACAUCACUCUCAUCAAUCCCCCACAAAAAAAUGGAAAAUAUUCCUCUCAUUCAAUAGUAAUAACAAAUGAUAAUAGUUACAUUAAUAGUUUAUAACAUUACCCAUACAAGCCCAUGCCUUAAGCGGAAAAAUUGAGAGGCGCGUGCUCUGGUUUGCAGAAAACCCGGUUACUCUAUAGUCAUCCACAUUAAGGAUUCUGAGAAUAUAUAGCUCAGGCCCGCAGAUGGUGCACUACUCACGCGGGGUCCUGUUCCACACUGUGGACGCCAAGAGUGGCUGGUGCAUAGCAACCCGGAUCAUAAAAAGAAGGAAAGCCUGCGUAGUUUAAUAGUAAAAGUGGAUGAGCUUUUCCUCCACUUGUAUUUUUUAUGACUAUCGUGAAAAGGACCCAAAUUUUGAGGGGGAACACCAAAUAAACAAACCGAAGAUUACUCACCAAAAAGGGAUGCCUUUGCUCUAGUCGCAAGGAUUCAAAAGCACAAUAUAGGCUUCACUCGCACUCCACACAUUUUCCAACUCUGAUGCUCAAAAGUCAUUCUAACCACUUCUACAUAAUUAUAAUAUUCAGUCAUAUCCUUGUGACAUAAAUUUUCCCAAGCACCUACUUUUAUUUUUCUCGUUUUGUUUUGGAUUGGAGUUGGUUGGGAGUACACUUUGGGUUUGAGAGGCAAUAGAAUAUUUUGACAAUCAAGAGAUGAAUGCUAAAAAAUCAGUGACACUAAUGCUGGUAAUGAUGAAAUAUCUGAAAUCUUUUGUAAAAGCUGUGAAGGUAGGGUCCAUUUUCUUCUCCUUUACCAUUUCUUUGAGCUGCAAAUGUAACAGAAGCACAGAAUCCACCACAUAAAUCUUGAUCAAAUUUGUCAUUUU